AUGUUUCGCAGUUCUGCUAGAUGUUUCACCGUCUCAAAACCGUAUGAGUUACAAAGAUGUAAACAUACAGCUACAACAAGUAAACUUGAUGAAAUCCGAGAGAAAUUGCGACAAGGUCCUACUUUAGCAGACUUUGUGUCAGAAGAUCGGCCUAAGAAUUGGGAUGACUAUGAAGGGAAGUUAAAACGAGAACAAGGGGAAACAGAACGUCUGAGACUACCACCUUGGCUGAAGACUACUAUUCCAACUGGGUCAAAGUUUAGUGAAUUAAAGCAGCAAUUGAGAAGCUUAAAACUCAGUACAGUCUGUGAGGAAGCUCGAUGUCCAAAUAUAGGUGAAUGUUGGAGUGGUGGAAAACAUGGAAUGUCUACAGCUACUAUUAUGUUAAUGGGCGACACAUGUACUCGUGGCUGCAUGUUCUGUUCUGUGAAGACAUCUCGGGCUCCCCCCCCACUUGACCCAGAGGAGCCAUAUAACACGGCACAUGCUAUUAAACAAUGGGGUCUCGGGUACAUUGUGUUGACAUCUGUAGAUCGUGAUGAUUUGCCAGAUGGUGGUUCGGCUCAUCUUGCGGAGACUGUUAGAGAAAUUAAACAACAAAACAAGGAGAUCUUAGUGGAAUGUCUGGUGCCAGAUUUCCGUGGCAACCGAGACAGUAUAGCCACCGUUGCUAAUAGUAGUCUGGAUGUGUUUGCGCAUAAUAUUGAAACCGUGGAACGCCUAACGCCGUUUGUGAGGGACCGGAGAGCUGGUUACCGUCAGACGUUGAAAGUCCUCGAAACAGCCAAAGAGAUAAAUCCAGAUUUAAUUACAAAAUCCUCAAUAAUGCUGGGCCUCGGGGAGACGGACCAACAAGUGGAACAGACUAUGAAAGAUCUCCGAGCAGUCGGAGUGGAUUGCCUCACGCUGGGCCAAUAUAUGCAGCCGACCAAGCGUCACCUGCGGGUGCAGGAGUACGUGACUCCAGCCAAGUUCGCCGAAUGGGAACAGCGUGGAACGGAACUUGGCUUCCUCUACACGGCAAGCGGACCUCUGGUCAGGUCUUCAUACCGGGCUGGCGAACUAUUUAUUAGUAGCCUCUUAAAGGAUCGGAAGGCGAAGACGGCUUAA